GGCGCUUCUACGGUAAGCUGUGAAACAAAACGUGAAAAAAUUUCAGUUGAAUUCCCAUUCCGGGUGUUCCGUGAGCAUAAAAACAUCGAAAUAAGAAAAAAAACAGCCAGCAAUAACCGACUGACACCCGCUGAUCCUAGUCGCCUAGACUCGAGUGAUGCGGUGAUGAUGCGUGCAACGAGUACCUCGACUCCUCGACUAAUUGGAAUUAAUUGAGGAUUAAACAAUCAACGGGGAACGGAGGAGCAUUUUUUUUAAUUCCCCUCGACUUGUCUGCCUCACACACGACACCCGGGUGGAAUAGUUUCGUGUCUGAUGAGCCACUCUAUUGAAUAUCUGGUGGUAAGAUGGCUGUGCAGCUGGACGGCGGGGGGAAAGAGGACUUGAAAACACAAUUUGUAACCCGCGAGGGUACUUACAAACUUAUGACACUCUCUGAAUAUUCGAGACCGAAUAGAGUUGGUAAUACGGAUACGAGGGGUAGUGCAUCGGUCAGAGUGUCAUUCGUUACAUUACCCGAUCCGGCCGAUCCCAAUGGUACACAGGGCCUUGGUGACCGAAUGUGCUUCAAUUUUGGAAAAGAAUUGUAUGUUUAUGUUUAUCGAGGAGUCAAAAAGGCGGUGGAUCUGAACAAACCGGUGGACAAGAAGCUGUACAAGGGAACAAAUCCAACAUGCCACAAUUUCAAUCAGACAACUGCUACUGCUGAGAUAGCACCUCUGCUCGUGGGGUUUUCAACUGGACAAAUACAAUUGAUCGAUCCUAUCAAGAAGGAGUUGAAUAAAUUGUAUAAUGAAGAGAGACUGAUAGACAAGACAAAAGUGACCUGCAUAAAAUGGGUCCCAGGCUCGAGCAACCUCUUCCUAGUGUCCCACAGUUCAGGUCAACUCUACCUCUACAACUGGGAGCUCCCCUGUGGCACAACCCCCCCUCACUACCAGCCCUUUAAAUCCGGUGACGGUUUUGCGAUUCACACUUGCAAGACAAAAUCCACACGAAACCCCCUGUACCGAUGGGUGAUCGGAGCUGAAGGCUGUUGCAUCAACGAAUUUGCCUUCAGCCCCUGCGGAACGAACCUAGCAGUUGUCUCUCAGGACGGCUUCCUCCGAGUGUUCCACUAUGACACAAUGGAGCUCGUAGGCUCAGCGAGAAGCUACUUCGGUGGUUUUUUAUGCGUCUGUUGGUCACCAGACGGCCGUUACGUUGUCGUUGGAGGUGAGGACGACCUGGUGACCAUCUGGAGCUUCAACGAGAAACGAGUAGUGGCCAGGGGUCAGGGCCACCACAGUUGGGUGAGCGUGGUGGCGUUCGAUCCCUUCACAACAUCUUACGGAGAACCUGAUCCUGACUUUAGUGGAUCUGACGACGAAGCGAUACACAGCAACCACAACAAUCAUUAUCACGAGAAAACAAAAAGAACGUCAACAGCUUCUCAAGGACUGAAUUCAAACAGAAAUUCUUGUGGCUCUGAGCUGAGAGUACCGGGAGGCACUUGUUACAGAUUAGGAAGUGUCUCUGAGGACACCCAAUUGUGCCUGUGGGAUAUCACCGAAGACGUCUUGAGGCAGCCAGUGUGUGCCAAGCAGAGGGCCUCCACUGCUGGCUCUGGGACGUUCACCUCAUCUGGGACCUUCACCAGUGGCAAUGGACCCACUUCCAAUCAUCUCAACAAUAGCAAACACAAUAACAUGAAUAACAUCUCCAAGGAGGACAGGAACGAUACGACAGCAAGUGUUGCUGUUUCCACAGUUAACUCAUUGACUCAGAGAUUCGCUGGUCUUGGUUUUGGUGAUAGAAAGGGUGAUAAUCAUAAGAGAAACUUUAGCCUACCAUUGAGAAAUACAAGUACGAGUAAUAGUAAUGUACAAGUGCAAAAUAGUGGCGAAAAAUCAACGACUAAUGGAAGUAAUAUGAAUAGUGUCAGUGGUUUUGGUGGUAAAAAAGUUAGUUCUGUGAUGGAUGAUCCAAUGAGAUUAAUUGGUACAGCUUGGUGUCCGAGAUUUGAUGAGUGUCCUGUACUUGAGCCACUUGUUUGCAAAAAAUUGGCACACGAGAGACUGACUGAAUUAGUUUUUAGGGAGGAUUGCUUCGUUACAGCUUGUCAGGAUGGAUAUGUUUAUACAUGGGCAAGACCUGGGCAUAUGCCAGGCCAACAAGUUCUAACAGUCCCGCAUAUUGUCAGCCCUGGUGAGAGUGGUGGAACAAUAGUAUAGCCACAGCCUGAACCCGACAGACCGACAGACUCAUCAAGAAUUGAUGAUAAAAAUCUUGAUAAUAAUUCACAGACAUCGUCACGGUCUACAGCAGUACCAUUUGUACCACUGACAAAUCAUCGUCAUUUGUAUUACGUAUGGCCAAGCGAACACUACUCGAGUCCAGUCUAAAAUUUUAAUGAUUUACCAAAUCAAAAAACAACGGAUAAAUAUUAUUUUUCCAUCGAGUUAAUGCGUCCAACACAAGAGUGAUGAUUAUUCAUCCAACGAUCAACCGCAAGACCAUAUAGUUUAACCAUUUUCACAUGCUUUUGUACAAUUUUUUAAGUAAAAACAAAACUAACGAGAAAAUAUGGCAGAGUUGAGUGGCUAUUAUAAAUAAUAUUGAACUGAAUCAAUCGAUUUUAAAAACUAUUGAGAGUAUUAAAAAGUGAAUUAAAGUAUGUCUGAAUUAAAGUGUGAAGAUUGCAAUUAUCAUUCCAUUAUUUGCUUAAUAGUUAGAAUGUAAUGAUUGCAUGAAAAAUGAAAAAUGUCAAUUCAUAGAAAAAAACUUAUUCAUCUUUUCCGAAACAGUUUUGCAACGCUACGCCCCCAUACACUUAAUCUUCAAAAUAAUUGUCUUUAUUAACGAAAAGGAAUAUUAAUUUGUUGAUAUGGCGCAGCUCAAUGAAUCUUUUAGCACAAUUUUCAUGAGAGAUUGAUACAAAAAAAGAUGAAUCGCCACUGUUAAAUUGCCUUAGUAAAAUCGUAAGUAAAAGAGAAAAAAUUAAGAGAUUUAUGUAAUGAGAAAGUUCUUCAUUUCCUCACGUUUAUGAUUAUACAUGAGAGCAGUUGAGUAUUUUUUAGCUUAAAAAAUGACAAACGUUGAAAUGUGUAAAAGAAUCGUGUGAAAAAAAUCAUAAUUGAGAAUAUCGCAAUGGAAAAUUACAUUUGCGCGUUUUUUUUCCAGCAACAAAUGUCAAAUUCUUUCGGACAAAUGCAAUUCUUAAAUUUCCAAUUGUUAACAUUGUUAAAUAUCAAUGAAAAUCAUGUCUAUUGACAUUUUAUUUACAAACAAUGUAUGAUGCCAACUAUAGCUUCGAAAAACUAGACAAAAGUUUUAGUUAUGUUGUAUUCAACUGAUUGAAAAAUCCCGACAAUGUAAUUUUCAUUGAAAACCACUUGGGUAUUCUCUCUUCGCUUUAUUAAAAUGUAUAAUGUGUAUACCGUGGGUGUACGACAAGUUGACGAAGAAAAAUAAAUGACGUGAAGGAGUAGUUCCUGCAUCUGAGGGCUAUGAGAUCAAUUUCCAUGUUUUUAAGUUUUGCGGCGAGACUGGAUAAUUGAGUGUAUGCAUGUGAAAACGAGAAUCUCUGAAUAAAAAAAAUUAUUCAGAAGAUUUUUCCUGAAAUCCUAUGGUUCUCAGGUGCAUAUUCAAUGUAUUAUAAUGGAAGUGGUGCAGAGAAUAUGGCAAAGUAUAUAAAUGAAUUAAAGAAAAAAAUUAGGUACUUAUGAAAUAUCCUAAGGAUAGACAGUAUUUCAAAUAUGAUAUUCCACAAGGCGAUACUUCGUAUAUUUAAUUUAUGAAUAAAUUAACAAAAUUGACAAAACAACCAAAUGUUAGAUCAUCGAUGAAGAAGUUAUAAACUUUUGAGUAGAUUAGUGAACUGAUUGUACGAUUUUAUCGAGGGCAUUUUAUAUUAAAAUUAACAAAAAACGAAAUAACAAAAAAAAAUAAUGCAAAAGUGUACGAGAAGCUGAUUGAUUUUUGUUCUCUAAUUUACGCAGAUAAAUUGCGUUUCCAUAAUUAAAAGAAGCAUGACAAAGAAAGCUAGUACAAAUUAUGAUAUUUUUUCAUAUGACUGUUGCCAUAUAGUAGAGAUUAUUAUAUAUUUAGUUGAACUUUACAUAUUUAAUCAUUAUAUUCAAUUAGUAAUAGAUGAUUAUUAUUCACUGUAUUUAAAUAAUUUGUUUUGUUUUUUUUUUACUUUAGUACUCGAGGUUUUGUCUUCAAGAGACUUCUCAGCUCAUCCCACCUCCCUCACUCUGUUCGUAAGAGUGAAUUCUUUGUAAUUGUAAAUGAAUGAGAAAAAAAAACCAAACAAUUCAUUGUUAA